AUGCAGAUCUGCCCAGCCGAGCCAACACCCAUCAACCCACCACUGUCCAUCAUAGAGGCGAAGAAUAAAAUACGACUCGGUCAUGACGAAUGCUGUAAUUGCUGUUGUUGCUGUACACCGCAGCCAAAAUGUCUCAAAUACGUUCAACCAGAGAGGACAAAAUCUUGUGCUCCGAUCAGGAAUUUUUAUUCAACUUCUCAGUACUAUUAUAAACCGGAUGUUCCCAUGGAGGACAACACAACGUAUCGUCUUUCUUAUUGGGAAGGUCCGAAUUCCCCGGUGGAUCCUUUUCAUCCAGAGGAUAACUUGACCGUUGGAGGUGGAAAAAUAUCCGACGAUACAACGCACAGAUUAAGCUACCCGGGGAAUUGGUGCGUUAAACCGGAAGCUCCUCUGACACCUUGUAAACGUCAACUUCUUGGGCAAGGUCCCAUGCAAGAUGUGACAACGCAAAAGCACGAUUACACAUGGAAACAAAUUCCAAGAGCCGAACCCUUCAAGGCGGUUCCAAACAUCUAUUCUCCUUGUGCAACGAUGGCUGACGACACAACUUACCGUUUAAGCUAUUACAACUACAAUUGUUUGUCACCGAUAAAAUCUUACGCCCCAAUUAGAGAAUAUUCUAAAUCCGACGUGCCCAUGGAAGGGUGUACCACUUAUAGGCUCAGCUAUUGGCCCACUGAACCACCAGCAAAGGAGGAAUAUCCUUGGUGUAAAAAAUUAGAGUACCACCCCCCAGUGGAUCCGAUGGACGCAUGUACGACUUACAAACUCAGUUACUGGCCAAAUUGCGACAAUGAACCAAGGAAACCAUUCCAAAUUCCGGAUACGGAGAAUAUAUUAAACGCAAAAUGUUGCUUCGACGAUAACACGACUUAUAGACUAAGCUAUUUCGGGUGUGAAAACGACGCUAGGAGAACGCCCAUCAAACAGUCGGAGAAUAUCAGCUUAUCUACUUGCCCUGUUUCUCAUUACACGACUAACCGAUUGAGCUAUCUAGGCAAUUGGUGCGUGAAACCAGAGAAGCCAAUAACCCCGUGUCGAAGACAGCUGCUCGGAAAAGGACCCAUGCAAGAAGUGACUACUCAGAAGCACGAUUACACUUGGAAAUGUUCAAAUCGUGGAGACGGAGAUAAAUUCCGACCAAUUGAUAAUCUCGAGUUUUCACCACUCCCAUUAGAAUGCUGCACAACUAACCGGCUAUCCUAUAUGCCGAUCAAUGAGAAAUCUCUGGUUCCCAUAAAAUCAUAUGCACCUGAGCGAAGGUACUGGAAAUCGGAUGUCCCAUUAGAGGGAGAAACUGUAAUGAAACUCAGCUAUCAGCCCGUUGAAGUUGCUGAUAAAGUCGAAAAACCUUGGGGUGCUAGACAAUCUUUCCAUCCUCCAACCACCCCGAUGGAAGAUAAUACCACUUACAACCUCAGCUACAUUCCACCGGGUACUUUGGAACCUCUGCCUUCAGACGCUCCACCUUGUCCCCCUUCGAAUCCCUGUACUCGUGAGUUUCUUGAAUUUUUCCAGAUAUUCUGCCCACAGUAAAUACGAAUAAGGAGUUUGUCAUCGCAACAUUAAAACUCAACUAAACGUGUUUUCCAUUUUUUUUUUCUUUCUUUUUCUUUCGUUUGUUGCAGCCUGUGGAAAAUGUUGCAGUUAUUAGAUCUGCGUGAUUCCAGCGAAAGAAGAAUACCCGAUCAUUUUUAUAUGUCUUUAGUUAUUUGAAUUUUACGUCGUCUUUUAUUUGUUGGUCCUGUCCGUUUUUUUUGUAUAUGUUCUGUACCGAGUGUUGUUUGAUAAUACGUCCCGUUUAUUUUUUUUAAAAAUCGCUGUCGUCCUGUUAUAAUUCAACGAAUCCCUCGAAGCGCCGAUGGUACCUGAUGUGCACCAAAACGGUCCAUCAUCCUCAUACACUAAUUCCUCGAACACUUCACGAGGCCGUGUGAAAGUUCGUGUGGGUGAUUAUACAUACCGCGAUUUGCGUGUCCCACGGAAAGUGGCUGUGCAACUUCUUUAGUCACAGGGCGGUGCCGCAAAAAAAAAGAUCUAGGAAUUGAAUUUCACGCACAACGAUUGAAUAACUGUACGCAAUGCGUUCGGUAAAACGAUCGGAUAGAACAUUUAUUUUUAUACGCAAAAAUUAUUGUCUAAAAGUUUAGAAAUUUUGAGUAACGUUUACUCGCGAACUAUUAGCCGACUUGCAGCAACUUAUAUAUCUCGUUAAGUUGUUGAGUAAAUUUUUACAUAAAAUUAUUUUUAUGACAUCGUUUCGACGAGGAUCGGUUUUAUCGCACCAGAUAUAAAAGAGAGAAUGAAGAAUUAUAUUAUCGGGGUGGAUACACCGUGUCGCAUGCAACAGAGUUUGUAAUAAGAAAUUCAAAAACUGAAUAUGCUCCUCAUUAUUGUGAAACUGCAUUACACGACAGCUGGUCGGCAAUUACAAUUGCGUAAUAAAAUAAUUGCGAAGUUAUUCCCGUAUAGACGGUUUGAAAUCUGCCAUACUUGAUGGAAUACAGAUAUAUCUCUGAAAUACUGUUUAAAGGCAAAAAAAAGGUGAACCUUGAACAUCCUUUUACAGUUCGAAUGUAUUUCAUACUCGAACAUUUCUGUAACAUCAUAGGAGAUAUCGAAAUUUUUGGAAUGCAUAUUCUUGUUAUAAUACAUUUUGGAAUUCCGAUGCAGAUAACUCGUCGUCGAGAACUUUCUAUACCUCAAACAAAUCACGGUUAAUUAGAAGCACGUAAAACACGUAACAGAUAUAUUUAUUAUACACGAUAGAGCGAGUAUAAAAGCUUCCAGAAAAUCCCGGAAGUCGUAUAUUAAUACGUGUCAGUCGUCCGGUAGAGACGAAAAUUCCGUCGCUCGUGCUAAAAGUUCAUGUAGUAUCUAAUUGAAUAUGUCAGCGCGAGUUACGGCUUCGUUGUUCGAACAGAAAAAGAGAAGAAAAACCAAAAAACGAAACGAAUGAAUAUCCAAGAACAAGCGACCUUUAAAAUUCGUGGGUUGUAAGCCAGUCGAAAGUGAGAUGAUACAGUUACGCGAUCUGAUCUCCAUUUCUUUCUCGCAGCGGGCGACUCGAGAUUCUGGAGCUAUAGGCGCGGCGAAACUUGAGGGCAGAACCGGCGGCUCG